GUGAUGUGACCGCAGGCAGCCUUGCUCGCCUUUCCUCGCCUCUCACUUGCAUUCGCUGUGCACCAUGGCACGACUCUUCCUCUCCACUGUCUGUCUCUUGCUCCUCUCCACUACAGCCUCAGAAGAAACAACACCUGCACCCACAACAUUAUCAACAGUAACAUCACAACAAACAACAUUAACAUCAUCAUCAACAACAACAACAACAACAGCAGCAGCAUCAAUAGCAGCAGCAGCAUCAACAACAGCAGCAUCGACGUCAACAUUAAGAGCAUCAUCAUCAACAGCAGGAACAGCAUCAGCUCCAGAAACACCCCCCUCUGCCACAAGCCGUGUGACGCAGACAUCCACUGUAAACACCACAACAACGGGGGAUGCAUUAACCAGUGCUACGACUAUUGGUUACAGCAAUGCUACUACUACUCCUCCUAGCAACAGCAGCACCUCUGCAGAAACACAAAGCUACAGUGCCUUCAGCACCACAGAUUACACCACGGACUACGGAACGAACGCCUCAAGCUUAAACGACAACAGCACAGCCCAUCCGAAUGAUGGAAUGGUGAAGCACCUGUACAGGAGCCCUGGGCUGAUAGCAAUCCUGUGCAUAUUCGUCAUCAUCCUGGCCUUGCUGCUGGUGGUGGGGCUGGUGAAGGGAAUCACUCCCAGCUCCUCAAAGUUCGAACGGCUGGAUGAAGUGCCCAUGGGCAGCGUGAAUGAGGAUUCUCCGUUUGCACAGUACCCGCCCAAAUGACACCCAGACCCACUGACACGGCAAGCCAGGAAUGACACCAUGAUCUUGAAAUACUAUGCGUCCAUGAAGUGUUUACGAGCUAAAAUAAAGAUGAAGAUUUACGAGUUUGAAAAUAAAGAUGGAAUUACAGUGUUUUUCAAUGUUAUUGUCUUGAUUAAUUGGGCAAGCAAUGGGGUUCAA